UAAAUAUCCGCUAUAUCGCAUAAAUUUUUUAUUAGACAAUGAAAAAAAGUUCCAUCGAAACUUUUUUUUAAACGUGAUUAACAUAUUAAGUAUGUUAAUUAGGCAUUGAGAACCUUUUCUUUGUCAUAACAACUAGUUUGUACUCGUGGGAUACUUACGAUUUUACAAGGUUAGGUUAGAUGGUAAGCUACAUGGUCACCACACAACAUAACGUGUUUGGGUGUGGUUAAUACCGUGGGAUCUUUACUAGAUCAGUAGAUUUAAAUUGUUUGCCAUACGAGCUGGUCUAUAUCAUUUACAAAUCUUUCACAAUGAAGAAAAGAAGCUUUUCCGGUAAUAUUGGUGUUGGUGUCUUCAUCGUCGGUUUCGUGUGUGUUUGCGUUGCAUUUGGUACACCAGCAUGGCUAGUGAGCGACUAUCGUAUCUCUGGUGCAAAACUCGACAAAUUAGGCCUGUGGACGCAUUGCUUUAGAUCACUUCCGAAUCCUCAAGAAAUGGACGCACCUAGACGUUUUUUCGUUGGUUGUAGAUGGGUCUAUGAUCCCUUCACCGCAGGAUACUCUGACAUUCGAGGUUUUCUACUCCCUCCAUUUAUGAUAGCAACACAGUUUUUCUUUACUUUGUGCUUCCUCUUGAGUAUGAUAUCAUUUAUAUUGAUAUUACUGUUCACUCUAUGUUGCGAUCCAGAGCAAAAACGUUAUGUACAACUUAUCAUGACAAUCGGAGGUCUAUUGUUGGUUGGUGGAAUAAGUGGUGGAUUAGCUGUGAUUAUAUUUGCUUCUUUGGGAAACACUGAUGGCUGGAUGCCUGGACAUGCAAAUAAUUUCUUUGGCUGGUCCUUUAUAAUGGCAGCUGUGGGCAGCAUACUAACUAUUAUAGCAGGAGCACUUUUCCUUGUUGAAGCAAAUCUUCAACAUAAGAAGAGAGAGUAUUUGAAAGAAUCUCAAACAAGAUUUCAACUUGAAUCUCGUACAUGAGUUAGAAUAUUAUUAUCACAUAAGACUUGCACAAUAUUUUAGUAUCAAAAUUUUGUAAUAUUAUUCCGUCCAUGUAUUAAGCAGUUUUUAACGAUAGUAGAUUGUAAGACAUGUUUUUUAUUAUUCUAGUACAAAGUAUAUUGUAAAGCAGGAUUUGUAUUUUUGUAAGUUUCAUAUAUACAAGACGUGUAUAAAAUUGUAUCAAACAGUAUUGAGAAAGAGGUCUCUCUAUGCUAAUUUUAUUACUUUUGUUGUUUGUCAACUUUGAGUAUUGGCAAUAUAUUAAGCAAUUAAUAUAUAUUUAAAGCUAAUUACUUUAGUGAAGAAAGAGUAAUCUCAAUUGCAUUUAAUAGAAAAAUUUUCUUACAAAUUACAAAAACUUGUUAUAGGAAGUUGUGUAAAUUUUAUAAUGUACACAUCUACUGCCAGUGGUCAAUUUAUACAUACAAGAUUUGUAUACGUAUUAAUUUAAUUAUCCGUCCUUAAAUGUAAAUUACGAAAAAAUUGUUUUUAUCUAAGCAAUACAUCGUUUUUUUUGUAAUAUAUCUUUACUUCAAUAAAAAUAAAAUUAAAUGUCUAAGAGUCAUUAUUUCGUUAUAUAUUAUUUCGUUUUAGCUUGAGAAUCACUGAUCUGACUAUAGGCAGAAAUUCUAUAUAGGAUGUUAACUAAUCGUAAGUUAUAUUGUUGGCAGUACUGAAACGAUGAAAGGUGUGGCAAGUUUAUGUUAAACAGAAUAUUUUUAGUAUUUAUAAACAAACGAUUUGUUGGCGUAGAUCACUAAUCUACACGCAUCAACAUCAAACAAUCAGCAUGUCUAUCGAUAAACAAGAUUAUCACCGCGCGUCAAUCCCUAUUGGAUUGAAUCUUAUCAAGAGACGUUCAGCAAUUUUAAACAUAUGGGACUUUGGGAAUAUUGUUUCAAACAGUUUAGAUAUCCAUAUUAUCAAUUUGACAAAGAAUUUGAUGGAUGUCAUCAUAUUUUCUCAGAAGAAUAUUACGUGAUCAGAGAAUGGUUAUUGCCAGGAUGGUUGAUGAUUGUACAAACGUUUGUGACACUUGCUCUUUUACUCUCAUUUUUUGCACAAGCUUUGAUUGUAUUGACCUUAGUCCGUUGGCCUUUGAAAUUUGUAUUGAAUUAUGAAUGGUUGCUUUCGGCCACUGCUUUCAUAUGUUGCAUUACAACAGGUACUUUAUUGUUUUUAGCAGUGUCAAUAUUUGGAGGGCAAUGUUGGCGUAGAGACUGGUUAAUGUAUCCAAACUUCAAUCAUUUAUCAUGGUCGUAUGGUUUGGCAGUUAUUUCAUUCAUGUUCCAUUGGUUAGCUUCAUGUUUGUUGUAUUUGGAUGCAAAAGCUGGUUAUAGAUUGCGUAAAGAAUCUCGAAAUUUAGUGAUGCAAAUGCAGCCUAAUUUACAAAGUCAUCAAGGACUAUCAAGAGGAGGAUAUAUAUAAUCGUUCGUUAUAUUGAUAACCAAACACGACCUUUGUUCACAUAGAGAUUUUUAACCAUUUUCAAUAACAUUAAUUAUAAAUGGAGAUUCAUAGAUCUGCUUUCAAAAUCACACCGUUAUGUGAUAUUGUUUUAUAAUUCAGUGCGCGUUUUCAGCGAUAAUAUUUAACUCCGUCCAUUUCUUUACAAAAAUCUAUAUCAUUAGAUUAAGAGAACUAUUUUUACAUUUCUAUAUUGUUAUUUUAUAUACACGUAUACAUAUAUAUUUAAUAUUAGAAUAUUUUAGAUGUUACAAACAUCUAAUAACUGUGACAAAAAUUAUUGAAAUUAAAAACUCAUAAAAGUCACGUAUGUCUGUAAUUAUAUUUUUUAUUGCACAGUUUUACACAGCAAACGUUAAAGCUCAAAGAUAUAAAAUUUUAUACCAUAUACUUUGAAAGUGCAUAUCUUAUGAGACUAAUGUCCCAAUAAAAAAGUAUCAAAAUGAAAGUGAAAACUUAUGAACUUAUAAAACUAUUACCUACCUGGAAUUUUUGAGCAUGCUGCA